GAGUUAGCGCGCUGACGUCCGACGCUCCAGGUACUUUCCCCGCGGACGGCGGAGACCGGCGUGGGGGCGGGGCUGCGAGCGGAGCGCGCAUGCGCUGCAGCGCCAGCGCGCUCCCCGGAUCGUCGUGCGGGGCCUGAGCCUCUCGGCUGGCGCAGGCUCUGCUCGCGCCAGGUCGCUCCCGCCGCCAUGUCUGCUACCAUCGAGCGGGAGUUUGAGGAGUUGGAUGCUCAGAAUCGCUGGCAGCAACUGUACUUGGAAAUUCGCAAUGAGUCCCAUGACUAUCCUCAUAGAGUGGCCAAGUUUCCAGAAAACAAAAAUCGAAACAGAUACAGAGAUGUAAGCCCAUAUGAUCACAGUCGUGUUAAACUGCAAAAUGCUGAAAAUGAUUAUAUUAAUGCCAGCUUAGUUGACAUAGAAGAGGCGCAAAGGAGUUACAUCUUAACACAGGGUCCACUUCCUAAUACAUGUUGUCAUUUCUGGCUCAUGGUUUGGCAGCAAAAGACCAAAGCAGUUGUCAUGCUGAACCGAGUUGUGGAGAAAGAAUCGGUUAAAUGUGCACAGUACUGGCCAACAAAAGACGACCGAGAGAUGCUGUAUAAAGAAACAGGAUUCAGUGUGAAGUUCUUGUCAGAAGAUGUGAAGUCAUAUUAUACAGUACAUCUACUGCAAUUAGAAAAUAUCAAUAGUGGUGAAACCAGAACAAUAUCUCACUUUCAUUAUACUACCUGGCCAGAUUUUGGAGUCCCUGAAUCACCAGCUUCAUUUCUCAAUUUCUUAUUUAAAGUGAGAGAAUCUGGUUCCUUGAAUCCUGAACAUGGGCCUGCAGUGAUCCACUGUAGUGCAGGCAUUGGGCGGUCAGGCACCUUUUCUCUAGUAGAUACCUGUCUUAUUCUGAUGGAAAAAGGAGAUGAUAUUAACAUUAAACAGCUGUUACUGAAUAUGAGAAAAUAUCGAAUGGGACUUAUUCAGACACCAGAUCAACUCAGAUUUUCAUAUAUGACUAUAAUAGAAGGAGCAAAAUUUAUAAAGGGAGAUUCAAAUAUACAGAAACGGUGGAAAGAACUUUCUAAGGAAGACUUAUGUCCUGCUUUUGAUCAUUCACCAACCAAAAUAAUGACUGAAAAAUACAAUGGGAACAGGAUAGGCCUAGAAGAAGAAAAACUGGCAGGUGACAGAUAUACAGAACUAUCCUCUAAAAUGCAAGAUACUAUGGAGGAGAACAGCGAGAGUGUUCUACGGAAACGUGUUCGAGAGGACAGAAAAGCUAACACGGCUCAGAAGGUGCAGCAGAUGAAACAGAGGCUAAAUGAGACUGAACGAAAAAGAAAAAGGCCAAGAUUGACAGACACCUAAGUAUUCAUGACUUGAAAAUAUUCUGCAGCUAUAAAUUUUGAACCAUUGAUGUGCAAAGCAAGACCUGAAGCCCACUCCGGAAACUAAAGUGAGGCUUGAUAAACCUGUAGAUUGCCUCACAUUUGUCUGUUUACAAAGUAAACUUUACAUCCAGGGAAUGAAGAGCACCACCAGCAGAAGACUUUGCAGAACCCUCUAAUUUGAUGUAUUGUUAAGUUUUUUAAUGCGUGUAUGAAAUGUAGAAAGAUGUAAAAGAAAUAAAUUAGGAGAGACUACUUUGUAUUGUACUGCCAUUCAUACUGUAUUUUUAUACUUUUUUGGCAGCAUUAAAUAUUUUUAUUAAAUAGA